UAGAAUGCUGAUUACAUUAUUGAGCUGUUUAUAGUCUUGCUUAGAAAUAUGCUUAGGACCAUGUCUGUUUAGCUUAUAGACAGUAUACUGAAACUUUUUCUUUGCUAUUGUUACUUUUGAAAAGUAGUUAGACUGAGCUUUCUCUGCUCUUACUGAUUUUUUUUUUAAAACUCAGUUGCUAUCAUAAGUAUCUUAAUAGUGAUAUGUUGUGAAGUAUCGAGAGAACAGCAAGUUUGUAUACAAAUAUUUCUGCAGCAGCAGACUAAGGGGAACAUUUAUUAAUCUACAUUCACAGAUUUUGGGGCAGACAUUGCUUCUUUAGUCUCUUCUUCACCUCAGAGGUGGCAAGAUAAAUCACAUCAACACUGGUUUGUUCAGGGUGAUUGACCUGGCCUGCUCUCUAGUAAUAGGUUGUGCAUUGCAAGCGGCGAUAUCAGUCGGACAGGCUCUUUUCUUGAAAAUUAGUCCAUCUGCAAUCUUGAUAAUUCACGGCAGGGAGAGAAAUCGCACAAAAUAAUUUUUCUUUUUUUUUAGCAUUAUAUUUUAAAUCCUGUGUCUCCUUCACAUCAAGCAUAGCAAGAUACAAGCUCUCUAUUUGCAUUAAUAAGAUCGUUUGAGAGACCUUGGAGUGCUGAUCAGACUUCUUAGAUAAUCUUGCAGGACCUGAGAUCUUGAAAUCAUCUGGCUCUAUGAUACAUCACAUUAAUUCCCUGUUGCAUAUUGGGGAUAUUAUUCACUGCUAUAUUUAAUAGAACAUAUUAAAAACGUUUUUUUGCACUUUUAAUUCUCUUUAAGUUACAUCAUGGCAGCACCCAUAUCAUUCUCAGGUGGUUAGCUUUGUAUACAUCAUUAUAUCUAACAUUUAGUAUUUACAAUGAUGUGCAUUUAACUUACAAUGCAGUGAUCCUGGGUAGUGUAGAAAGAAAUACAACUGAAUGGAGGAUUAAACAGCAGGUUCCAGAAUGUCAAUUGUACGGCUCGUUACAUUUGAAAGGGUUUAUAUGAGCAAGUGCAUUAAUUUUACUGCCACCAUUGUGUUCUGAUGAGAAGAGUGGGUGUCUUUGUUAUCUUGCCCCCUCAUGUGAUGCACUUGAAUUGAAGUUUAUUUAUCACACAUGAUGAAAACAUAGAUUGUUUGUUUGUUUUUCUAGGGAAUCAGUUUACUAAAAUAUACAUUGUACACAAUACUCGGAUUCAAACAUUUUAGCUGAAUCUCAAAAAAGGGACAAACUGCAUUUGAAUUGUGUUGUGACUUGGGCAUUUCAUCAUUGCUUGCUUUAAAAAGUGUCCUGUUUAGAUUCUCGUCGUGAUCCCAGCCAGGCAGUAUGUCUUCCAGUAUUAACAGCGACGAUGAAACAACACCCCUCUUGUACCCUUCUCAUGACAGUAAUAAUGUGGAAUUCCAGAAACGGCUUAAAAACAGAUGGUGGUCCAUUCGAAUUAUGUACCUUACAAUGUUUCUUAGCAGUGUAGGGUUUUCGAUCGUGAUGACAUCAAUAUGGCCAUAUCUUCAACAGUCUCUCCUGAAGUUCUUGUGUUCUGGUUCAUCUCAAGAGGUGCUAUUCAAGAUGCAAAAAUCACACAUUUUGUAACAUACAAAGUGCUUCCACCCCAUAACUGGUGUCCUGUUUAGAUUCUCGUCGUGAUCCCAGCCAGGCAGUAUGUCUUCCAGUAUUAACAGCGACGAUGAAACAACACCCCUCUUGUACCCUUCUCAUGACAGUAAUAAUGUGGAAUUCCAGAAACGGCUUAAAAACAGAUGGUGGUCCAUUCGAAUUAUGUACCUUACAAUGUUUCUUAGCAGUGUAGGGUUUUCGAUCGUGAUGACAUCAAUAUGGCCAUAUCUUCAACAGAUCGAUGUCACUGCAGACACAAGCUUCCUUGGCUGGGUUAUUGCUGCUUAUAGCUUGGGCCAGAUGGUAGCUUCACCUUUGUUUGGCUUGUGGUCCAAUCACAGACCGAGAAGAGAACCACUUGCUGUCUCCAUAAGUAUCUUGAUUGGUGCCAGCUGCUUGUACGCCUAUGUUCAUGUGCCAACAUCUCACAACAAGUAUUACAUGCUAGUCGCACGGGCACUAGUAGGCUUUGGAUCAGGGAAUGUUGCUGUUGUUCGAUCAUAUGUUGCAGGAGCAACAUCUCUAUCAGAAAGGACUAGUGCAAUGGCUAAUAUUAGUGCUUUCCAAGCUUUAGGAUUUAUCCUGGGUCCAGCGUUCCAGGCCUGCUUUACCAUGCUUGGAGAGAAAGGAGUAGCCAUAGAAUCUAUUUAUCUACAGAUCAACAUGUACACUGCGCCAGCACUAAUGGGAGCACUGCUUGGGAUCAUUAAUAUCAUACUGAUAUUUGCAAUAUUCAGGGAACAUAAAGUGGAUGAUCUGGGAAAGCAGAUUACUAGCAUCAAUGAUGGAACUCAAGAUUUUAAUGAGGAGGAACAUUUUGAGGAGCCUGUUGACCAAGUUGCAGUUGUCUCAUCAAACAUACUUUUCUUUGUCAUAUUAUUUGUUUUUGCCAUUUUUGAAACGAUUGCCACUCCCUUAACAAUGGACAUGUAUGCAUGGACCAGGACCCAAGCUGUUUUCUACAAUGGAGUUAUCCUUGCUGCAGUUGGGGUAGAGUCUGUGAUUGUGUUUCUGGCAGUAAAAAUAAUUUCUGAAAGGACUGGUGAGCGUACACUGCUGCUUGGAGGGCUGGUCACUGUUUUUGCUGGGUUCUUCGUCUUAUUACCUUGGGGAAAUCAAUUUCCUAAAAUUCAGUGGGAAGAUAUCCAGAAUAAAACCAUUCACAACUCCACCUACUGGAACUUUAGGAUGAAUGGCUCUAGCAAUAACACAGUAGAGCCAACUGGAUGUCCAGCAACACAGGACUGGUGCUUUUAUACCCCAGUGAUCUAUCUUGCCCAGUAUAUUACAUCUGACAUUCUGAUUGGCCUGGGCUAUCCUGUCUGUAGCGUUAUGUCCUACACACUAUACUCUAAGGUCAUUGGGCCAAAGCCACAGGGUGUCUAUAUGGGCUGGUUAACUGCUUCUGGGAGUGCAGCUCGUACACUGGGACCUGUAUUUGUCAGCCAGAUCUACACACACUUUGGACCCAGAUGGACCUUUGGUCUUAUUUGUGCAAUAGUGGCUCUUGCUGUAUCCCACUUGAUAGCUGUCUAUAAAAGGCUUAUUCCCUUUUCUGUUCGAUAUGGGAGGCUAUAACAUAAAGUAACCGUGGUAAAUAACUGACAAUCAUACUGUAUAUAUGCUCUUUUUUGGUUAUUUUUAAGAUUUAAGACAUUAAUUUAUUGUAAAAAAAAUAAUAAUAAUAAUUUUGUAACUUUUGUAAUUAAUUGCAAAUUUACAAGCUACACAGGAGUUUUACUUUGAAACAAAAUGUUUACUGCAAUACUGUUUUUAUAGGAAUAAUGCUUAUUUAUCAUUUCUUUCAUUGUAUUAUAUUACCUGUACAGGUGUGUGUAUAAGAUAUGUAUAAUAUGUAAAAAUUAAAUAACUGUAAAAUAUUUUAA